AUGGGUUGGGCCUCACCUUGCUUGGGCCGGAAGGAGGGCCCAAGUGGUCUGGGCUGCGCGGAGGUUUUGCAGGGUUUUAAAGAGCCGGGUUGUCCAAUUUUUUGGACAACCCGGCGAGGGGGUUCUGGCACCCCUGGGAAAGAGCGCUACUUUCAAGGCGAAAAAUACACGGUGGAAUUCCUUGGCGAGCUUAUUGAACCUUCUAGCCCUGGUAAUGAAAUGGAGCCGGGUGAGGAUGGAGAAGAAGAAGGAGAGGAGAUCAUCUAUGACGAGCUCCAGAAGCGGAUGUGGAAGGAUCGUUUGCGGAUACAAAACAUGAAGCAAAAGCGUGAGGAUGACCAGGAGUCACAGUCGGAGGCCAGGGAAGAAGCAUCUCGCCGCAAGAAGAUGUCCAGAGCUCAAGAUUCCAUCCUCAAAAGCAUGGUGAAAAUCGUGGAAGUUUGCAAAGCACAAGGGUUCGUUUAUGGGAUAGUUCCCGACAAGGGUAAGCCUGUUACUGGUUCAUCUGAUAGCCUACGCAAGUGGUGGAAAGAGAAGGUUCAUUUUGACAAAAAUGCUCCUCUUGCUGUUGCUGAAUUCUUGCCAGCAAUUAUUGAACAAGGUGAGUUGGAUCCUGCUUCUUUUAUGCAUCUACUUCAGGAAUUGCAGGAUACUACUCUUGGAUCACUUCUCUCUGCUCUUAUGCAACACUGCAUGCCUCCACAAAGGAGGUUUCCACUAGAGAAGGGUUUAGCCCCUCCUUGGUGGCCAACAGGGAACGAGAUUUGGUGGGGUGAACAAGGAGUGGCCCAAGAACAUGGUCCUCCUCCUUACAGAAAGCCCCACGACCUUAAAAAGGCUUGGAAAGUCAGCGUCUUGGCCGCAGUGAUCAAGCACAUGUCCCCAAAUUUGGACAGGAUGAGAAGGCUAGUGAGACAAUCCAAGUGUUUGCAAGAUAAGAAGACAGCCAAAGAGACUUCCACUUGGUCUAAAGUGGUUAAUCAUGAAGAAGCCCUUAUGAAGCUGACUGAAAAAUGUCUCAAAAUCUCACCUGCAAAAGAUGAUGGAGGAGGAGAUGAUUCCGAGCAUAUCAAUACAGAUGACAAAGGCAAGCAUGCUGAGAAGAUUGCCAGCUCUGGAGAAAAAAGGAAGUGCAAUUUUGAGCCAGAGUGCCCACAGAGCGCGUUAGAAUUAGGCUUCGGGGACAGGAGCUCCAGGACUGACCAUGAAUCCAAUUGUGCCUACCGGUCUGAAGUAAGUGAUAUAAACCAAGAAGACAAUGAAGAAUCUGAUAUAUCUGGAAAGAUCCUUCCAUAUGGUCAUUACUCGUUCGGUCCUCAGACCAAAUUGCAUACAGAUAGCAUGGAUGGUACACAGAGUACACUUUCUAUGACUGGUUGGCCAGAUAUGGAGCUAGCAAAAGCUAAUGAUCGGCAGGGUAUUAUGCAAAUGAAUGAAGUUGAGGAUAUAUCUGGCAUAACUUCGCAAAACUAUAUAGACUAUUUGGGUGCUGCAAUUGAAGAUCUCCCAUUGCCAGCAGAAUUUCUGAUUCAAAGAGGAGACAUGGACUGGAAUAUGUGUCAAUUAUUGCGAGAGAACUCUGAUGAUCAAGGAUCAACUUCGAUCUGGGAUAUGGGAUUUGAUGGAUUGUCAUAA